AUGGAACAGAACACGGCUGCAGCGCCUUUUCUCUCCAACCAUUCCGAUCGACGACCUCAGCAUCUCGCUAUCCCCGGAUCUGCCGACCACAACGCUUUGUUGAGCCAAUUCCAUGGUUUGAGCCUCGCUGGAAUGAGCAUGUCUGCCCCUCAGGCAGCAUCUGUUCCCAUGCAACCUCCUUACAUGGUCGCCCCCGAUGGGCUCAUCCUUGCCCCCAUGCAGGGUGCCCAGUCUUUGGCUAUGAAUCACCCUGGCGAGCCAAACUAUUCUGGCUAUCAGAUGAACGGAGGUUACGCCGGCCCAUACGCCCUUCCCGGAUCUCUCAUGCCUUUCACCCCAGCCCGUGCCAAUGCCGGUAAUCCUCGUGCUGACCGAACUCAGUCAGAAGUCCCUGGUUUAGAGAAUCGUCGCGGCUCUUACUCGACUACCGAGUCUGCUCCUGCUACGCCCUUCUACGGAAGCUGGCCUCCUCGCGAGCAUGGUCCCCGUGUCCACAGUGACCGAUCAGCUUAUACCACACCAUCACCUCACCAGCUCAUGGUUGCCCAUCACGCUGAGGCUGCGAACAAGCCAAAGCCUUCUCCGGCCUCUGAGCGUGUGCUAGACGAGCUCUUGGAAAAGAAUCCCCGAAUUCCUGGUGCAGUGCCUGCCGUCUUUACGCCUGCAGGUCACAUGAAGAGUCUUGAGCAGAGUCUUGAGAACCGCAUCCCUGGCAAUCGCAACGUCUACAUUCGAGGUCUUCACCCUACCACCGAUGAUGAGUUGCUAUUCCACUACGCUGCUCGAUUUGGCAAUGUUGAGACAUCAAAGGCUAUCAUCGACACGGCGACUGGUGCCUGCAAGGGAUUUGGGUUUGCCAAAUUUUACGACGUCUCUGAAUCCGAGAUGUGCAUUCGCGGAUUCCAUCGCCUUGGAUACGAAGUUGGUUUCGCUCGGGAGUCUUUCAACUCUCGUCUCAAGGCCGAGGGCGACGAACUGUCAACCAACCUCUACAUCUCCAACUUGCCCAAAUCCUUGACUGAAGUGGAACUCGGUCUUAUCUUCCAGGGAUACACUAUCCUGUCUAGCAAGAUACUUCGGGAUAGCAUGGGAAACAGCCGUGGUGUUGGCUUCGCUCGUUUCGAGAACCGUGACGUCUGCGAUGAUGUGGUCGAGAAGUUUCAUGGUCGGCCUGUUGGUGAGGAAGGCCUUCUCAUGAACAUCCGAUACGCGGACACUCCAGCGCAGAAGGAACUCAAGCGUGUCACGGCCGAACGCCGCCAAUUCCGAACUAACGAGUACAACAUCGGGGCCUACGGUACUCCUCUCGUCGGUUAUGGAGGCUCCAUGUUCCCCCACCACGCACAGAAUCGACGAGCGGCGAUUCCCAUUACGCGCCCUCCCAUGUCUCCGGAACUGACUGCUUCCGAUACCAACGAUGCGCAUCGACGUGCGGGACUUCAGCACCAAUCCUCUGGAACGGCCCCCAGCACACCCGCCGAUGAAGCAGUCGCCACGCCUACCUCAUCCGAGUGUGGUGAGAACACGACAGUCCACGCCGAGACCGUUGUCGUCGGUGCUACUUUUGACGCAUCUCCUUCCAUCAAGAAGGAAGUCAAGAAGGAUGCCUAG